AGGUAAAACUGUGGACGGUGGGCCAAUUCCUAUCCUAUCCCAUCCUAUCCUAGGCUCCACUUGCAGCUCACAACAGUUACAAUUUAACUCAUAGAGUUGUCUUCCUACAAAGUAUUGACAAGUUGAAACACCAUAUAACUAAGAUAAACUCGUUACUUUGGCAUAGACUUGAUAUGCCACAUUUUCGUGUUAUUUAUCACAACACCGAUUUACCGUAGUAGAAAACCAAAACAUCAUGCGCCCAAGUGCAGCGAAAGGGGCCGGGAAGGCCAAGGCCCCGAGGAAUCUCCCCCGAAAGUUCGAAGAGUUGCCUGAACGAGACAUGGAUGCUGUUACGGUUUGGUGUAGGCUUUUACAUAAUUUUUCAUUGAGAGGAUGUGUCGAUGAGUUAAUGUCUAAUGCAGGAGACAAGAAGGGUUAUCAAUGAGUUAGUUAAUCUUGAUACAGAAGACAAAGGUUAAAAAUGGAGUAUAUCGUAUAAGCUAAAACAAGAAUCGACCUUCUUGCUUCUGUAUUCUUACAGCCUGGAGCGCAGCUUUCUUCUCAUGAAAGUCAGCGGCUUAAAGAUGGGCCGAGACGGGCGCAGGCGUCUUGCUUUUUCGAAGGGAUUCGCCAAAGAGAGACGACGAACGAUAACGACAGGGAAGGCGCUGACGUAGCGCACCGCAACCAUCUCAGGCCUGUCGCUCGUCUUCGUCUUGCCUCCAUCGGGGGGCGGCGUUGGUUUUCUCGGAAGACCACAACGAAGAACAAAAGAGCAAACACGAAAAAACGGCCCAGCACAUCGGGCCGCUUUUCUGGCUGCGCUGGCUGUCAAUUCCUUGUGCCAAAUGAUUAGACCUGCCCGCGCAUGCACAGACGGCAACGGCAUAGAAAACGAGCCGCCCCGGAGACUAGGGGUGAAGAGAAGCGCAGCGGAAGCCAUGCCACCGCGGGCACGCAGCUGCGUGCCUCGCUGCGUUCCUUGUAAGUCUCCCCCCUCUCGGUCACUCUUUCCGCCCGCAGCCGCUCCCCCGAGUGAUGGCCUCGGCCACCGCCUCGGCGCUUCUUUCUUUCUUCGCCGAGGCCGUUGGCGUGUGCUCUGCGGUGGUCUUUGGCUUGCAGCUUCGCCUCGGUUGUCGUCUUUCACUUGAUACGCCCCAGGCCUGCUUGCAACGGACCAAGUGCGCGGCGCUCCUCUCGUGCAGGUUGUGUGCCUGAGAGAGGGGGGCCAGCCAAUAACGAAACAACGAAGUGAGCUGGCGCCGCUUUCAGCUCGUGCGUGCACGGCUCAGAUGGAUCGUGAUGCCUGUGCACCGGUAAUCAUUCAAACGCUUGCGGGGGCUUGGUCGAACAAGUCAGCCGCCCCCUUCAGAGCCACCCCAGCCACGCCACGCGACCGACUGACAGCUUGGCCGGCGUGAAUGCAUGGGGCGAGCAGCUGACAGGAAGGAGAGAAGAACACACAGACACGCGCUACCGAGCAUUGCAACACGCCGGCCCACAAACUGAAGACGAAGAGCAGCCCGGGGGCUCUGCGCUUUUGCUUUGGUUCUUCUUCCAUGGCAAGUUGCUGGCCUUUUGCGUUGGUUGUGAGCGUUCCCGCCAGGCCAGCUUGUCGCCUUGCUCGUGCUCUUACCGUUGCAAACCUUGCUAGAAGAAUGAGAAGCAAAGGCGGAGGCGCGGGGCGUGGAGUUCAUUUCGCUCAAUGUCUACACACAGCGUUCUGUCAGGCUUGGCCGCGUUGGACAGUGGGGGCGGGGGGGGGGGCGCUUGUCGGUCGCUCGACUUCUGGGCGCAUAGGCUGGGGGAGUUGUGUGCGUCGUUCUUCGUAGGAGUUGCCCACAGCAUGCAAGCUACCAAGCCAGCCAACGACACAAAACGAACGAGGAGAACCAUCUACCGCCGGGCAAGCAAUGCGGCGGGCUUGCCUUGUGUGUGGCUUCUUUCUUUUCCCUUUGGUGGCUAUGGCUUCGUUGGUUCUUGCCUCUGUUCUUCCUCGUGCCUUUCGCCUUGCCCCUGGCUCAGGAGGCCUGGCUUCGCAGGCGCUUCUCCCUCCGCUGGCUUCCCCUGCCUCCGUUCUUACUCGCCUCAAUUCUGGGCGAUUAAUUUUGGGGGGCGCUUUCGUCGCGCCUGUGCACCCUCAGCCCCGCUCGCCUUCAUCGGCGUGCUCUGAUGUCUCUUUGUGGUUUCGUUCGUUGGCUUUUCUUCUCUGUCGUUGGCUUUCGUGGGGGUCGUGGGCUUGCUGGCUCUGAUCUGUUACCCGUCCGCGCCAUAGCCUUGGCCAGGUUCUUCGACUGGUAUGAAACAAGGCGAGCGCAGUUAAUUCACUUGACCGCAGCGCAGGGAUGUCAGUCGCCCCCUCGUCGUCCCUGCGCUAGCCUGCGAUACAGAACUAGACAACAAGUUGGGUUUGUUACUCAAUAGAAAACAGGGGUCGUUACUUGUUCUUCCCAUUUGACUCACGCAUGGAUGCUCUUCAUGUUCCAUGCGAGUCAAUGUUUGGACUCAUACUUGCAUAUUUAUGAAGGUUAUAGCAAGCCUAGCUGCAUCCACCUAGCGCUGUAUUAUAGCCAUCAACGAAAAUGUUAGUAUUUACAUCUCUCAUUCCUCUUCGCAGAGUCCUCUACUCUGUUUUUCAACAGGGGGCUUCACAGGUACUAGAAGUGGAAACCAGCAAGGAAUUGGCAUACUUCCUUGGACUUUUUAAUGAGAGGUGGCCAUACUAUUUUCGCAUUUAUUGAUCUUCUCGCGAACAGACAUGGCAACCAAACAGAAACACACAGUCUACAGACAUCCAUAGCGGUCUUUUUUUCCCUCAUAUGCUGGGUUCAUCCCUCCAUCAAUCUAUGGAACGUAAGCAAGUAUACUUAUUUUGAAAAGCUCUAAUUUCGAGUUGGAGAAACUGGAAAAACAGAGAGGGGAAUUGCGCAGCAAGGUGAAACAGGACUGGGGAGGUUUUGAGGAGAAGCUUGCGAACGAACUGGCGCAAACGACUGCGGCCAUGGCUGCUCUGAAAAGUGCUUUAUGGCUGUUUUGUUCUGUGACUUUUGGGGCCUACUGCUAUAUGCAGAACUGUAGGGCUGAAAGGUUUCGGAAUAUACAUCCUGGACCAUCUUGGGCGGCGUUUAUUUGCAUCACCAUAUUCACCAUCGUCACCACCGCCAUCACCAUCAUCACCAUCAUCGCCAUCAUCAUCAUCAUCAUCAUCAUCAUCGUCAUCACUAUCAUGAAAAGGCUGGCGAGUCUACUGGCAAUGGACCACACUAAGCCGGCCCAAGCUUGGGCCUCUCUCAGGCCCUCUCAACGUGUCGCACGUGAUGGGGCCGAGGUAACAUCUGCCAAACCUGCACGAGGAGAGAGAACGGGCGUCAUGCUGCUCGUGCUGCGUCGGUCUUGUGUUGUGCUUGUUCUGUCUUGCUCGUUUUCCGUUCUCGUGCUUACUUAA